ACCGGCAUCACCUGUGGAACCAGACUGACAUUCUGCCUGUUUUUAACGACAGGAUGGGUGGUUCAUUCAGCACAGAAAUUCCGGGCGGUGGAACAGAGGGCUACCAUGUUCUCAGAGUGCAAGAGGGCUCCCCAGGGCACAAAGCAGGAUUGGAGGCAUUCUUCGAUUUUAUUGUAGCGAUAGGACACACACGGCUGAAUCAGGAUAAUGAUACUCUUAAAGAUCUUCUGAAGGCAAACAUAGAGAAACCAGUGAAAAUGGCAGUUUAUAGUAGUAAAACACAGUCUGUUCGUGAGGUGACCAUUCUACCCAGUCAUAACUGGGGUGGUCAAGGACUGCUGGGUGUAAGCAUUAGGUUUUGUUCCUUUGAAGGGGCUAAUGAAAAUGUCUGGCAUGUGCUGGAGGUAAAACCAAAUUCUCCAGCAGACCUGGCUGGUCUCAAGUCUAACACUGAUUACAUCAUCGGGGCUGACUCUGUGCUGCAUGAGUCCGAGGAUUUGUUUACACUGAUAGACUCUCAUGAAGGUAAACCACUGCGUUUGUACAUCUACAACACAGAAUCAGACUCGUGUCGGGAGGUCACGAUCACACCUAAUGGAGCUUGGGGAGGAGAUGGAAGUCUGGGAUGUGGUAUUGGAUAUGGAUAUUUACACAGGAUACCAAAGAGACAGUUCCCUUCAAAUGUUUCUCCAGAGAAACUAGCAACCUCAGUUCAAACACCGCAGAAGUCUCCAGAUGGAUUUGCAGAGGUUUCUCUUGGUAAUUCUCCGCAAGGGCUGCCUACCAGUAUGGCUCAAAUGUCUAUAAAUACAGGUUCCCCGACCAUACCGGUGAUUCCAUCUGCUAUUAGUGGCGCUGGACAUGGACAGCCCCUUCAACCUUCACCAAUGCCAAACUUUUCUUCACCUCUCACAGGUGUCAGUUUACCGGCAAGCACAAUGCCCAACCUACAAGGGAUGCCUAGCCUGGCAGGCAUGCCCAACUUAUCUUCAUUACCUCCUUUGACUAUGCCGAUGUCACUGCCGGGGAUGCAGCCCGGGGCACUUCCAGCAAUGUCAUCACUACCUGUCAGCAUGACUCCGUCCCUGCCAGGUAUGACAUCCAGUACAUCAGUGCUGCCCCCUGGGAUGGGUAGUGCUGCACCUCCAGGUGUUGUAAUUCCUCCCAUAGCUGGUCUACCAACGUCCAUGCCAGCCUCCCUCCCCAACCUCCCUACAAACUUUACUAUCCCCACUCAAGCAGUGGGAGAUUUGCCACAGAUGCCCCAGAGUGUGGCUGGCACUCUUCCUCUACAGACAGGUGCUGCGGGUGACCUGAGUACAGCUACAGCAAGCCCCUCUGCGUCAGCAGUGUCAUCAGUUGUACCCCCAGUGGCGGAAUCAUCAGAAACGGUCAAUGCUGCAUCCUAGUAGUGCUUUUCAUCUAUAUCCUUGCUGAUUUUUUUCUCUCUAUUUGUUGUUGGAGCAUAUCUGUUAUUAGGGAGUGUGAGAAUUGAUUUGUGGAAUUUAAGUGAAACAAUACCACUCUGCUUUAAGUCGGUCCUUCACAUAAAAAUAGAAUACUUGUUGAUGAGUAAAUUGUGUGAGAGGCUGAAAUCACAAAUCUGUACUGAAGAUGGAGAUCCCUAGAUUGAGAUGAAUUGCACAGGACACAUUUAUUGUCUUGCACAUUUUCCAGCAUAUCAUUAAAAUAUGAUAUGAUUGAUCACUUCAUUGUAAGGUGAGUUUACGACAUAAAUGAGGGAUUCUGAAGUGUUUGAAAAUGUAAAUUGUAUCAGUAUGAGAUUUCAUAAGCAUUAAGAAACUUUAAAAAUGGAUAUAUGAUUUUGACAUAUUUUCAGGAAGAAAAGUUUGAGAAAAUUUAAAACUCACAUUGAUAUAUAUAAACACAGGGAUGGCUAGCAUAAAUAAAGGCAAUGUUUAAAGGAGUUAAAUAAAUAGCCUUGAUAAGUUCUUUUGAAUUAAUCAUUAACAAAUAUCUUAAGGAAGAAAGAAUUGACUUCAAGGUUAGAUACUGAAAGUGUGUUACCAGUCUGUACUAAUAAAGAGAGUUGAAUGUAUGUGUCUGGUAGUGAGCUGAUAUUAUUGAUAACAAGUCAUAAUAUUUUGCGAAUAUUUGCGGGAUAAAGAUGUGUUUUCUUAAAAUGUUACAAUACAUAGGUACAUAUUUAUAGGAAUUAUUACUCUGCGUUAUCUGUAUUUUGUGAAGCAGAGAUGUUAAAUUUUUCAGCUUUAUCUAAAAUAUGUUUGAUAUUCUAUCAAAAUGUCCUUUCUUUUGUACAAAUGUUAUUUUCUAAUGUACAAACAUUAAACAUUAUCAUCAUGCAAGUGCAAAAAAUUAGGAUGAAUUUAAGUACAUAAGAAUGUAUAAUAUAUGUUUUGGAGUUAGAGGAAUUAUUAAAUGAUGUUGGUCUGAUAUUCAGUGUUGUAUAAGACACUUAACUGUGAUACAUUGAGCAAUACAUCUCUGAUUAUAAGAAAGAUAUUCUAGUUUAGGAGCAAUUCAUUUAUCAUUUGAUAUAUUCCACAAUUUUUUCAAGAUAGUUGUGAAAUAUGGAUGUAAUUCAUUAAUGCUUUAUUCAAUAAAAAUAAAAAAACUUAUGGUAACAGAAAGUAAAUGCUAACAAAAUACAGAUGCUGUAGAGUAUGAGAGGGCUUUUGACAAUGACCAGUAUAUAUCUUGUAUGACUUGAAAGUGUAUGUUAGUAUCUGCUGUAAAUAUUGGGUUAAAUACUGAUUCGGAAGAUCAUCUAUGAAAAAGGGACAUUUUUAAAGAAUAUAAGGCGGUUCUGUUUGUGAUCUGGGUUUGUGUAUAUCAUGAAUUCUACAAGCACAAUUUGAUAUAACUUGUAUGGCGUGAAAAGAAAUGUCUGUGUGUUUAAGAAGCUGAGAAGAGAAAGUAUUAUUUAUGUCAAGAACAUUCUGAAAUAUUUUUCAUGCAUGACCAUAUCAUUCAAGGAUGAACCACUUCUGCUUUCUCCUUCAUGAUAAGUGUAAACAUACUCCGUAUGUCAAUACAAUACAAACUUACUCAUUGUUGUUGUUAAAUCAUUGCUGAAAUUAACAUAAUAAGACCACGAGAAAUAAGUGUGAAUUGACUCGCGAUCAGAACUCGGUCUGAUUUGACUCACGAUCAGAACUUUGUCUGAAUUGACUCACGAUCAGAACUUGGUCUGAAUUGACUCACGAUCAGAACUUGGUCUGAAUUGACUCGCGAUCAGAACUCGGUCUGAAUUGACUAAUUUUUCCAUGGUUUGAAUUUUGAUUUUGGAAUAUGACAUUAUAAUGGUUUUAUUAGACGUUUGAUAUCAGCGUAGUGUUUUCUGAUCUUUUAUUGAAUGCAUAAUGUACAUGCAUUUCAGUGUAUGUAUUAUACUUUGUAAUGCAUAAAUAUAUAAACAAACGAAAUGGAAAAAAGUGUUAUUUGAUUUAAAAUUUACUUAACUGGUACAUUUUAAAAUUCAUUUCCUGCCUUUUUAUAUAUAUAAAAUCUUCAAACCUUACAUGUGAUUAAGUCAUUAACAGAUGUCCAUGAUAAAAGAUUAUGUAUUUAUUUAUGUAAGCUGCAAGAACUGGAUAUGAAUUUAGUUGUAUAUAAUAAAUACCAAUUAUGAAGCAUAAA